GAACGGAUAUAAUCAAGACUGGCAAGAAUUACACCAAAACAUAUGAGAACCUCAUCCUUCUUUGCAAAAAGGAGAAGGUCAGAAUUGGAACCUGCUUGGUGGAUCGUUUAAGAUGUUACUAUAGGAAAGACUGUGGCAGGCAGUACAUGUUGAUGAAACUGAUUUGUUCAGUGAGCUCAAACCUGAGCAGUCAUGCUCAUGAGUACCCAGACUGCCAAGAAGGGGGUAAUGAAGCCAGCCUGCUGGUGUCCCCUCUGGUGGUGGCUGGCAUCGUCAUCGGCCUGGUGCUCUUCCUCUCCUGCGUCACCAUCAUUGUGGGCAGUCUGCGCAAAGACAGCCGCCUGCGCAACCCCCACCUGCAUGCCAGCUACGCUCCAGAUGGCCUCUCAUAUGGUGGCUCCAUUGGAGAGCUGAGGUCCACUUGUGUUGAGGACUUUCCCCCUGCAUUUGACUUUGACUCCUAUGUGGAGACGCUAUCUCAAGUCAACGUCAUGUACCCAGACUCUCCACCUCAUUAUGAUGAGUGUGUGGGACAAGGGACGCAGAUAUAUGUUCCUACGGACGAUCCGCCCCCCUACUCCCUCACAGACCCGUGCCGGGAGCAUCCCGCCCCACACCGUCACAGAGAGAUGGGGGAUCUGCUCGCUGGUGCAUCUUGGGUGUCAGCAAGUGGCUCUUCCCAUUACCCAACCAGACUACAGGACUUCAGGCACCAGCCAAUCGCCUCCAUCUCUUUGUCAGCCUUACCUUUAGAUGAGGCGCCCCCAUACGAGGCAGUAGUGAGUGAACAAAACCACCCUCUUCCUCUGAUGCCCCUGGAUCUGCUCAAACACACUACAGCGGAGAGCAGUCCUCAGGACAGCGUUUCCCACAGGAUCCUGUAAUCCGGGCCUCUCCUGCACACUCAUACGUCACUGUACCAAACCAGCUCCGAGAGGGACUCUAUUGUGUGGCUGGGGUCUCCUGAGUCGAGAGCUGAAACUGACACAAUUCCCUCUCACUUCAGUCGACACGGACACUGCACCUCCUGUUUUCUGUGACACAGAGGGAGCCGCCAUGAGAGCACAGGGCUAUCGACCACUUUUUUGUGCGUCACCUCACCUUGUCUUUUGCUUAUGGUGUAAUUAGAUAUCAAUGUGUGUCUUCUUUUACUGCUAGACUGAUAGAUGAUUUCAAUUUCACAAGCACCAAUUUCAACAACCAUUGAAAUGUGCCCUUCUGGAUGUCAGAAAAGACAAUAAACCUGGGGCCGCAAUAGAGAAAUUUACUAGUGCUGUCA